GCCACGAUCAUGAAUGGCUGGGAGGAGUUCCUCAACCGCGACGCCCGAGGCACGGAGGUCUCCUGGAGCACCUACGUCAAGUGCCAGGCAUGCGGGGAGCGCCCCGCGGCGAGGGAGGCGGCUCUCAGGGCUGGCCGGAGGGCUGCAACGGCAGAGCCUGCCCGGGCACCCGCAAUCAGGGCCGCCCUCCAGCUGUGGGAGGAGCUCGUCUCGGAGCACCCCGGAGCUUUGGGGGACACGCCCGCUUUCCGCUGGGGACCCCGCUUCAAGGAAGUGUUCGCGGGAACCGCGGGGGUGACCCGCGCGGUGAAGCAGCUGGGCAUCCAAGCGGAUGAGCCUGUGGAGCUGUACCGGAACCCCCUGCACCCCAAGGAGUCGGAGUGGAGGGAGGACCACGACCUCUCGAACCCCGACGUCGCCGAGGCCCUGGUCAAAGAGGCAGAUACUUCCCCGGGCCCGGGAGUGGCCAACGUGUGGAUGUUCGAAAACCCGUGUACCUCCUUCUGCGACCACAACACCAAAGGGGGCACCCGCACCUGGGAGAAGCCGGAGGGGACCGGUGUAAACGGCAAGGAGGUCUUGGGAAACGCCCUCUCCCAGACCACGGUAAGGUGCAUGCGGAACCUUCAUAAAUGGAGGAAGGGAUGGAUCUUCGAGAACCAGGAGCACAGAGGGAUAUAUCCCAAGGUCUACGACCUCCCCGAGUGGUUGGAAAUCCUGGAGGAGACCGGUGCCGUGAUCAUCCCGGGAACGAUGUGCGCCUGGGGUCUCCAUCCCUCAGACGCCUCGUCCCCCCAUCAGUUCUAUCGCAAGGGGUACUGGCUGGUCGUCUCCGCGAACCUGGCCCCCUUCUUCACGAAGCUCCGGAGACCCUGCCCCGGUCUCUCCCCGGUGCACCAGCACGUGGAGCUCAGGGAUAACGUCCCAGGGACAGGCAUCAAGCGGACAAGGAAAGCCGCCCAAUACCCCCCGCGCUUCGCCCGCGCCGUGGCGCUGGCCAUUUGGACGGACUGGGCGCAGGAGCUGUGCACUCAAUGUGCGGACAAGCCCAAGUACUCCCCCGAAGUUGUGAAGGAGGGGGCACGACUCGGUGAUGGCCUAGUCCAGGCGGCGGGAGACUGGAAGGAAGCAGUCGACUGCUACCGAGAGGCCUGGACGAGCCGGUGGGGGAACAACCUGGUCGGGGUCUUCAAGGAUGAGCUAUGCGAAUUGCUCGACCCCGACCUCAGGGAUUACCUUCACCAGAUGGUGAAGGGCGGGGUUCCCGCCCGCCAACCGCUGGCCCAGGUUCGGGUCCCCUCCAAACCGCACAUGAGCGUGCAGGGGCACAUGGAGGAGGCGAUGGAGAAGUUGUGGAAGCGGGACAUAGCGGAGGCCUUCCGCUGGAUCUGGUUACGGGCGGAGGAUGCCGGCAUGUUCGCCACGGAGCUCCCUGGCAAGGUGGUCGGGAUGGAGGGCAACCUGGUGGCCAUCUACCUCGUCCUCACCUUCGGGUGGAUCGGGGGCCCGGGGGAGUACAUGGCCUUCGGGACGGCCCUGAAGCAGUGCCAUGACCGCCACCGGCCGGCCGACCCAGGAUGGCACGACGACGUGCCCCACCACUCGCACCUCCUCAUGGACGACGACGUCCUCAGCGAGCCCCUCCUGGGACGGCGCCCGUGGACGGCCGCUAGGCUGGCCGAGGAGGGGGCCCGUAGAGUAUUCGGCCCUCUUGCGAUCAACGCAGAGAAGAAGGAGAAGGUCAACAAGAUCCGGAUCCUGCUGAGUGACCCGGCCUACGACACGGGGAACACCCAGGUAGCCCUGAAGGAUGUCCAGGUCCUCCGCGGCACCCUCAACUUCGCGGCCAUCACCUGCCCCCCCCUCCGCCCCGAGUUGGGGGCGGUAGACCGGCUCCUCCGCACUGCGGACCCGGCUGGGGUUUGGGUCAAGAUCAAGGAGAGCAGCGAGGGGAGGGAGAAGGACGCGUGGGACGAGUGGUGGGAGGCGCUGGAAGUUUUCCGCCUCUACGCGGGAGCGCCCCAGGCCUGGACCACCCACUUUAACACAGGCUUGAAGGGGGUCCUCCAACCCCAGGAGCGGCUCGCCCUCCCCGGCGGAAUGGAGGAGCUGGUCUGGACCGGAGGGGACGCCACCGAGACCCGGGUGGGGGCCGCAGACAGGUCAAACGGGGUGUACGGGGUCAUGGAUGUCAAGGAGGUCAUGGAGCCGUUCCACGCGGUUUUUGGGGAGGGAGCCGACAUCAUCGCCAUCUGCGAGCUGUUUACCUUCCUGGUGCUCGCGGUGGCCCAGGAGAUGAACCGCCUCGGCUUGGAGGAGAUCGACCUCAAGGGACCCUGGAGGGAAGUGCUCGCGGGGGCGGAGAAAGGCCGCCCUUUGGUCCUCCCUGGAGACUCGGAGGAGGGACGCCGGCUGGCCUACCAGCUGGUGGAGCGCCGCCGGGCGCGGGGACCGCCCGCCGGACCCUUGGCCGGGGUGCAGGUCUUCGAGUGGCGUGCGACCCUCUCCCCCUACUGCCGGGUGGCCGGGGAGAUGGGGGCACGGAUCGGAGCCACCACCCCCAAUCCCGGUUCAGCUGUGAGCCACCCCUGGUGGGAGGUCCACCAGAAUCGACUCGUGGCCGAGCGGGCCGGGCGGGCCAGGACCGCGGUGAAGGAGACUUGGGUCACCUGCUCCAGUGGCAGCGACCCCACCGGCCGAGAGGCCCUCUACUUCGUGCGGCACGCGCUCUCCCACGCCGCCACCUUCGUCGUGCUGGACGGACCCCUGGACCAGGAUCUGGGAGAGGCCCGCGAGGUCCUUGCCUGGAGAGACGGGGGGAACUGGGGGAGCGCCGCGCUCGCACUCCUGCGGCGGGGCGAGCGAUUGGUCCCACUGAACCUCAGUAGCGCCCUGUUGACGCCCGAGGCGGUCCCUCCGGAGCUCUACAUGCAGGAGGAGGAGGGGAGGGCCCACUGGCGCCACUUCAAGGUCCCUGAGAGGGCCGACCGCGGGGAGGGAGGGCGCCCCACCGCCCUCCAGGCGGCCGGGACCUGGAAGAGCACCCGGGAGUCGGAGGGAGACGUCAGGGUCAUCCUUAGCCCGAUGAGCAGCGGGCCUGACCCACUCUGGCACCCUGACGAGGUCUCCGGGCACUACCCCGUGCUAUUGGAAGACACGCGGGGGGAUGGCACCCCUCGGGUGAGGCGCUUCGAUCCCAAGGGGGCCUGGCAGAUUUCCGGGGGCCUCCUUCACGAUUGGCGGGAGGGAACCCGUGCGGGGGUACCGGAGGAGGUGCUCCUCAUGGGUGCCGCCCGCUCCAUGCCGCCCGUCUCCGCGCGCCAAGUGCUGUGGGCAGCGGCCGGCGCGAGGGAGGGCCUCCUCGCGAAGGGAGCCCGGGCAGGGGUGCGCCGAGACCCCGAUGAGGACUUCAUGGCCGCGGCCAACGCGACGUGGUUCAGCGCCUGGAAGGCUAACCCCGAGGACCCCCGGACUGCUUACGAGCGGUGGCUCCGAGAGGCCCGCGGGGCCCGGGCUGGAG